GCAUUGCGGAAGGAAAAAAAUAAACAGAGCGUGAUGGCGGCCGACAGUGAUCCCGAGUCGGAUGUGUUUGAGAUUACGGACUUCACCACCGCCUCCGAGUGGGAGAGGUUUGUAUCCAGAGUUGAAGAAGUUCUAAAUGACUGGAAGCUGAUUGGCAGCAAUGUUGGAAAACCACCUGAAAAGGGGGAAUAUACCAGCGGCACGUGGGAGGAGAAUUCCCGGGAGAUCAACUUUGCUGAUUUCAAGUUCUCUAUCACGCACCACUAUCUGAAACAGGAGUCAGUAGAGAGCGAGGGGAAAGAGGAUGUGGAAGAAGAUGCCUUCCCUCUGGCCAUGCAGGACCUGCUGUGUAUGAACAAUGACUUUCCUCCCAGGGCACACUGCCUCGUCAGAUGGUAUGGAGUUCAUGAGUUUGUGGUCAUAUCUCCCGGGGCCAACUGUGAAGCUGUCAUCAGUGAAUCAAAAUGCAACCUGCUUCUCAGUUCUGUCUCCAUUGCUCUGGCAAACACUGGCUGCCAGGUGCCGCUGUUUGUCCAGAUCCAGCAGAAGUGGAGGAAAAUGUAUGCAGGCGAGUGCCAGGGCCCUGGAGUUCGUGCAGACUUUGAGAUGGUGCAUCUCCGCAAGGUUCCCAGCCAGUACAACCAUCUCUCUGGCCUGAUGGACAUAUUUAAGUCCAAGAUAGGCUGCCCACUGACCCCACUGCCACCCAUCAACAUUGCCAUCCGCUUCACCUACAUCCUCCAAGAUUGGCAGCAGUACUCCUGGCCUCAACAGCCUCCUGACUUUGAUGCCCUUCUUGCCGGAGAAGUGGGAGGCGUAGAGUUCGGCAAACUUCCGUUCGGGGCUUGUGAAGAUCCAAUAAGCGAGCUGCACCUGGCAACAACCUGGCCCCACCUGACGGAGGGCAUCGUCGUGGACAACGAUGUUUACUCUGAUUUGGACCCUCUCCAAGCUCCUCAUUGGUCUGUUAGAGUGCGGAAGGCGGACAAUCCCCAGUGCUUACUCGGUGACUUCCUGAUGGAGUUCUUCAAACUGUGCAGUAGGAAGGAGUCUACAGAUGAGAUACUGGGGAAGAAUUCAGUAGAGGAGGAAAGCAAAGAAAACAGUGACAUCACGCAAGCGCUGUCCAAGCUGACUGAGCCCACGGCCGUGCCCAUCCCCAAACUGUCCGUCUCCAACAUGGUGCACAGCGCUCGCAAACACAUCCGCAGACAUCGCCGUCACGACCAGUCUCCUAUCAACAACGACGUGCUCAACUCCAUCCUUCAGUAUCUCUUUCCAGAUUCACUUGGGGAUAAGUCUGACUCAAAUGAAGCCAAAGCAACCCACUCCAACCCAGGGGGAAAGAAUGACCAGGACAAAGACACUGAGGACUAUAACCUGUUUAACCUCCUGAAGUCAGCUCCCUCUGACAGCCUGACCUACCGGCUGGCCUUGUGCAUCUGCUUGGUCAACUUCUACCAUGGCGGCAUGAGGGCAGUGGCCCACCUGUGGCAGGAGUUUGUGCUGGAGAUGCGCUAUCGCUGGGAGAACAAUUACCUCAUCUACGGGUUGGCUGCUGGUCCCCCUGAUCUCAGAUGUUGCCUCCUCCACCAAAAACUCCAGAUGCUCAACUGCUGCAUCGAGCACAAGAGGGCACGGGAUGAGAACCGGAAGGAGAGUGGGCGGGACAGGAAGGACACGACCUCCUGCGAGAACGGACUCCUGGGGCCCGAGAGUGGCCGGCAAGGGGGUUCCGGAGGGUCUCCUGGGAAGUCCUGGGACUCAUGGAGUGACAGCGAGGAUGAAUUCUAUGAGUGUCUGAGCGACACAGAGGAAAUGAAGGAGGUGCCGGCUGAGGGAGCUAAAGGAGCCAAGAUCAAGCCAGAGGGUCGACUGCAGCCCCAUGGCAAACUGACCCUGCUCAACUCGGACGAGCCGCUUUACAUCCCGGUCACUCAGGAACCAGCCCCCAUGACAGAGGACCUGCUGGAGGAGCAGUCAGAGGUGCUGGCCAAGCUGGGGACUUCGGCCGAGGGUGCCCAUCUCCGCGCCCGCAUGCAGAGCGCCUGCCUGCUCUCAGACAUGGAAUCGUUCAAGGCGGCCAAUCCUGGUUGUUCUCUGGAGGAUUUUGUGCGCUGGUACUCCCCGAGAGACUACGUGGAGGAGGAGGUGACUGACGAGACGGGCCAGACGGUUGUCCGCGGCAACCUGAGUGCCAGGAUGAAUAUCCCAGGCAAUAUGUGGGUGGAGGCUUGGGAAACGGCCAAGGCCACGCCGGCACGCAGACAGAGGAGGCUGUUUGAUGACACUAAAGAGGCCGAGAGGGUGCUGCAUUAUCUGGCCGUGCAGAAACCGGCUGACCUCACGAGACACCUGCUGCCCUGUAUUCUCCACGCUGCUAUACUGAAAGUGAAGGAGGAAGAGUCAGUUGAGGACAUCCCCUCUGUGCGAAAGGCCAUCCAGCAGGUCACCUCUCACACCAGUAAACAUCUGCGUCACCCCAUCCCUGACUUCAAGAAACUGGAGGACACGAUUAACCAGCUCAUGGUGGUGGAGACCAUUAUUGCUCAAGCUCGAUCUCUGAAAGCCAAGUUCGGCCUUGGAAAAGGAGAGAAAGGAGAGGACACUGAGGGCCUGGAGAAGUUUGUAGGUUCUUUGCUGGAGGAGCCGGAGGUGGCUGUGAUCGGUGCGGGGCGCGGCCCUGCCGGCAGUAUCAUCCAUAAGCUGUUCGUCAGCGCUCAGCGGCUGGCUGAUUCCAGUGAUGAGGCCGCCCUGUUGGCUCCAUUGGAAGACGAUCCCAACCGAUUGGGAGGAUCUGAAGAUCGGAAGCCAAUGGGAGGAGGAGGCGGAGUUCCAGAUUUCCCACCCCCAGCUGGCCGGGAGAUUCUCCUGCGCACUUGCGUCCCUCGACCCGCACCAUACUCCAAAGCCUUGCCCCAGCGUCUCUUCUGCGUCCUCAUGAGGGAAGAAUUCCGGCUUGCUGGAGCGUUCUCGUCCGACACGUCUUUCUUCUGAGGGGAUGUACUAAUGCGAGUGAGGUGAAGACUAAGGACAUGGGGGGGGCUUGUUGGGUGAUCCAUACAUUUCGGAGCACCUUUUUGAGAGUUUAACCCAAGAUGAUGGAGGCAUAGUCUACCAGUUAUUGUGUUGUAAUCAGUUUUAGGCCAAGUUGCCUUGAAGAGCUGAUGAAGAAACAGUGUUAUUGAGUUACAUCCAGUUGGGGUUGUAAUUGGUGGAGGUGCCUGUUUCUAGAUCAGUCCCUUUGGUUAACUUCAUCACCCGUUAAUGAUAGGAUGUAGAAAUCCAGGUUAGUGCGAUUCUCAAUAAUAUCAACCUAUCAGUUCCCCACUCAUUGUGAACUUGAGAUGUUUGAAUAUUUAAAAAGAUACAUUUUUAGUUAAGGUUCCUUAAAUUUUGCUUAAGGUAAAGAUGUGUAGAGCAUCUAUGUCAGUUACAUGGGAAAAUAUGUUUCUUUCUGCUGAAGAGUAUAUAUUACGUGUGCAACCUGAAUUAAAAUACAUAAGGCAUUAAAUAGGAAAGCCAAAGCAGAGGUGGAGGGUUACAGUUCAAAGUAGUGUUUCAGGACCUGAACUUAUGUAUCUUUGUUGGUAGCACUUUCUUUUACAGUCCCCUAAGUUCUAGGUGUUUACCAGGUAAGUUUGAUGUACAAACUCCAAAGGACUAGGUAAGUAUUUUGGUUCCAGGUUCCAAGACUCUCAUUAAAUCACACUGAAAUGCACUAGUAGUGGUGUUUAAGUGGAGGAAUGGUCAGUAGGUUUAAAGACAUGGACAGUUUACAUUUAUCCAGCAAGUUUAAAAGCUUACUACCCUCAUUAUACUCAAAAUAAUGAUAUAGCACUUUAGAGAUUCCCUGACACAUUUGACUAGUUAAUAGCUAGAACCUGCUAAACAUUCCAGUCUAAUACAUUGUGUAAUGUACCAUCGUGUUACCCAGUUCCUCGGGAGUUUAUACCUCACAGUUACCAGGAUAAUACCUAGAAAGGACUCCCCUUAAGGGACUGUAAAAGAAUGCAUUACCUCUUUGUUCACUGUGGUGUUGUGUUGCUUCAGACCAAGCUUUAAAGCCAAGAUGGCGUGACUGAUGUUCCUCUUUGGUAACCGUAGCGAUGGAAACCGAUAAAAUAGAUCACACCUCAAGCCUCAUUCCUGUCACAUAGCUAGCUAGUGUGUAUCAGCUUCUGAGCCAGUCAUGAAUAGCUACACCAAUCAUCUCAUCAAAAACGAUGAAACUAGGUGUUCACAUCUCUUUGCGUUUGUCUGGCUGUCACUUAUCACUAUGAGCUCAACAGGCAAAAUAUCAAAGUAUCAAUCACUAACUAGAAAAUCUAUAAAUGUAAAAACCCAGGUUUAAAGUGCAAUUAUAGAUUAUAUAUUGAAGCCUUAGAAAUUUCAGUACUGAAUGUUGUCCUAGUUCAUGCUAGUGUUUCUAGAUAGAAUGGUGGGAAGUGCUAUCAGUCAUCUGUAAUUUUAUCAAAUAAUCUUGUCCGUUUUAUACAUUUUCCCUCAGUAUUUGACCACGAAUGGGUUCUAACAGUGGAACUAGCCAAAGCCUGUAAAUGUCAGAUCAACAUGUUGGUCUUCAAUGUUAAACCCUAGUUACGUUUGUUCCCUAGAAUGAAAUAAACCAUUUUACUGUCACGAAA